AUGUCUGCCCAGGAAAACCGAGUGAUGGCUUUGUCCGAGUGGGAGGACAGGUGGCAGGCAGGAAAAACUGGUUUUCACAGAUCUGAAGUGCACAAUUUGCUGGAAAGCAACUUGGACAAAGUCGUAUGUGGACGAAAUGAGGUUCGAUUCUUCUUCCCACUAUGCGGAAAAGCUAUAGACAUGAAAUGGUUGGCUGAUAUGGGUCACACAGUUGUUGGAGUUGAAAUUUCUGAAAAAGGAAUCAAACAAUUCUUUGCAGAGCAAAAUCUUGCUUUUAAUGAAGAACCAGUACCAGCCAUUCCUGGAGCAAAGGUUUUCAAGAGUACAGAUGGAACGAUCUCCAUCUAUCAGUGUGAUUUAUACAAGUUCUCCAGUACCGUUGGAGGAAAGUUUGGAGGAAUUUGGGACAGAGGAGCGCUGGUGGCUAUAAACCCAUGUGACAGGCAAAAGUAUGCUACUCUCCUUAUGUCCUUAAUGAACAAUGACUGCAGAUAUCUUGUGGACACACUGGAAUAUAAUCCUGAGCUGUAUAAAGGUCCACCAUUUUUUGUAUCAGAAGAGGAUGUAAAAAAUGUAUUUGGAGGUGGAUGUGACAUUGAAUUGCUAGAGUCUGUAGAUGCCUUUGAGAAAAAGCACAAAUCAUGGGGACUGGAUUCACUGACAGAGAAAAUGUACCUUCUCACUCCAAAAGCCCAAUGAUCAAUCUUCAAAUCUACUGGAGGGCAAUUAAAAAGUAAAAAUUACUUAAUAAUGCAAUAGAUAAUUGGCAAAAAUAACAUAGGGUUAAUAAAAUAUCAUUUGCAUUUUUCUAUUUUGAUAACGGUGG